AUAUUCAACAUGAAGAACCAGGUCAAACACUACCACUCUAAAUAUAAUUGAUUUUCCCAACAUUUCAAACAAAUGGGAAGGAAAAAACCUACUUUAGCAGCUAAUAAGGAUGCAUUUACCCGAAUUAAUUUCCUAUAUCAGGCUGCAAGCAUUACCUUAGCAACUAACCCACGGAACACUGGUCUGGUGAGGUUCUAUAUGAAUUCUUUAACGUCAGUCGCCCAGAAAAAUGUUCUUAGGCUGGAUCCCAGCAUCAAAAGAACUGUUUGCAAGAAGUGUCAUAGUUUACUUGUUCCUGGAGUGACAUGUAAAGUCAGAACAAAAGCCAAACGGGAGUGUCAUGUGGUUGUUACAUGCCUGUGCUGCAAAAAGGUCAAGAGAUUCCUUUCGCGUGAAGAUUACGCUCUGUGGAGUGAGCAAAACAGCCAGGCGGCAAUGAAGAUGCAGCCAGUUGCACAGCCCAGUAAGCAAAAAUUGAGUCUCAAAGAAAAACAAGUUACAUUGCCACAAGAAGAUGAAAAACAAGCAAAAAUUAAGCAAACAAAUGAAGAUAGCACCCAGAAUUGACAAUGAUAAUAAUGUUGUUUUAUCAUUAUCUAUUACUAAGUAAUGCAAAAUGAGUGGCAGUGUCGUAUACAAUAUACAAAGUCAUUAAAUGAAUUGUCUUGGAAAAUACAGUUAGAUUGAUUAUUAAACAAUAUUAAUCUUUAGCAAUAAGAAUUACCAAAAUCACAGGGCCUUUACUUUUUAAUCUGUUAUUUAUAUAUAUAUC